CAAUUCCGUGUAGCUUUCACUUCCGAGUCAUAGGUAGUUUCCYUCCCCGUCUGCUGUUCGUCAAGCUAACAGCUAGCUUCCUUUUUAACGUCCUUACUUUAUCAGUGGAAAUGCUACGUAGUUGAUAUGGAAACUACAUUGCAAUUGCUCAAGGUUGUUCAACACCUUACUGACUACUAUACUUGGACAUUGAUAGACAUCUGAAACUAGUGAUGUGGAUGAAAAACUUGCUGAAAAAUAACUGCAUAUCCAGCUUAUCCUAUGGCGACUUUCUAGAGUGGUACAACUGUAACUUCUUCUCCACAUAAUCUAGAAUGUCAUUACCAAAUGAGUCGGGAAACAGAGGGAAGGAGCGAGAGAGGGGAGCUCGCCCAAAAGUGAGACAGAGCCGGUCGGAGGAGAGAAGAGACUCUGCUGGUGGUCGGAAAGGCGGGAAGGGAAAGAACAAAGGCCUCUCCACGCAUGACACCGCCACUGAGCGACCCGUCAGUGACGGGUUUGAGUAUGGCGAACUGUUGAACGAUCUGGAGGCCAGGAGCCAAACCUCUUCUUCCACCUCCCCACUGAAGGAAACCUGGAAAUGGCAGGGCUUGGACGUGGCGGGAUCCACUCCGGGGCAAGGCGUCACCGCCAAGCAAGGUCAGGGCACCGUUUGCUCUGCCGCAGAAUUACCUCCCCUCAGUGAGGUGGAGGGCCGAGGCUCAAGCAGCAGCCGCACUCUCAGGCAAAAAAUCCAGGAUGCAAUGGGCCAGUGUUUCCCAAUAAAGACCCACAGUGCUGCAGCGGCACCACCUCCACCCCCGCAGGCCUUUUYAUCAUCAGCCGCCUGCGCCUCCUCCUCCAGGCGGAAGAUCCAUCUCAGCGAACUGAUGUUGGACGACUGCCCGUUCCCCGUAGGGUCAGAGCUGGCUCAGAAGUGGUAUCUCAUUAAGCAGCACACAGCCCCCAUCACCCAGCCUCCCCUGUUGGAUCCCGCAGCAGUGGUGUGCAGCGCCCCGACUUCGGCGACGGCCGCCGUGGAGGAUGUAGACGACAAGCUGCGAGAGCGCAGGCGCAUCAGCAUCGAGCAAGGCGUGGAGCCGCCGCCCAACGCCGAGAUCCACACGUUCGAGGUGACGGCUCAGAUCAACCCACUGUACAAGCACGGCCCCAAGCUGGCUCACGGCAUGAACGAGUUGGCCGGCACCGAGGGCGCCUCCGCUCACCAGCAGCAACAGAUGCUUCUCCAAAGGCAGCAGCAACACCAGCUCCUGCUGCAGAGCUGCUUGGAUACGCUCGACGAAGUGGCGGCCUCAGCGUCCGCUUCCCUCCACGCCUCRGACGCCGCCUCCGAUCCGCCAGUCGACACGGAGGCGGCGGCAGCAGCGGUGAGCAAUUCGAGCUCUAGAGCCGCCGCGCUCCCUCGAAWCGAGCACCAGACGCCCCACGAAGGCUACCGCUUCCACACCCAGAUCGACUACAUCCACUGUUUAGUGCCGGACCUGCUGCAGAUCACCAACCUCCCGUGCUACUGGGGAGUUAUGGACCGCUACGAGGCGGAGACGCUGCUGGAGGGGAAACCCGAAGGCACCUUCCUGCUGCGUAACGAGUCAGAGCUGUUGUGUGAUAUUGAGCGGUACCAGCUAGAAAUACCCGGACUCACCUUUAUGCACAACUUGGACUUUGGAAGCCAACUCUUGGAGACUGGAGUCUCUCCUGGAGUCCAGGGUAGGAUACUCUCCAGGGAAAGAGGCAUAAGGUGA